CUCAUAGCAACAAGUGAAGCAACCAAUGAAAGUUCAAGGAAAAGACAUAGGCUUUUUUCAGGAAAUUGCAAUGAAUUUAGUUCAGAAAUUAAAGAUAAUCAAGUAACAACAACAGAUAUUACUACAGUAACAGAUACUAGUUCACAAACCUCAAUAGUUACACAUUCAUCAAGUUCAAAAAAUAUACCAUAG